UCCACCGCGAGCCCCACUAGCCAGUGUCAGCCUCUCGGCGGCAGGAGGCGGCGGCGGAGGAGGAGCAGGGGGAGGGCUGUCAAAUUCGGGAGCCAGAUUUUUUCCCCUUCCCCUGGCAAUCCCUUCCGCUUCCCCGGCUCCCGGCGUGACAUCUGCGGACCGGGGACCUGUAUGUGUGUGAGCGCGAAGGAGCGGAAGAAUGGCAGUGCUGAAACUCACCGACCAGCCGCCCCUGGUCCAGGCCAUCUUCAGCGGCGAUCCGGAGGAGAUACGGAUGCUCAUCCACAAGACGGAGGACGUCAAUGCCCUGGAUGCUGAGAAGCGAACUCCCCUUCAUGUGGCCGCAUUUCUGGGAGAUGCAGAGAUUAUUGAACUCCUGAUUCUUUCAGGAGCUCGUGUGAAUGCCAAGGACAACAUGUGGCUGACCCCACUGCACCGGGCUGUUGCCUCCAGAAGCGAAGAAGCAGUGCAAGUAUUGAUUAAGCACUCGGCUGAUGUCAAUGCGAGGGACAAGAACUGGCAGACCCCCCUGCAUGUGGCAGCAGCCAAUAAGGCUGUCAAGUGUGCGGAAGUGAUCAUUCCCCUGCUGAGCAGCGUCAACGUCUCCGACCGAGGGGGCCGCACAGCCUUGCACCACGCUGCGCUGAACGGCCAUGUGGAGAUGGUCAAUUUACUCCUGGCCAAAGGGGCAAACAUCAAUGCAUUUGACAAGAAGGACCGGCGUGCUCUGCACUGGGCAGCGUAUAUGGGCCACCUGGACGUUGUGGCAUUGCUCAUUAACCACGGCGCAGAAGUCACGUGUAAGGAUAAGAAGGGCUACACCCCCCUGCACGCUGCAGCCUCCAAUGGACAGAUCAGUGUUGUCAAGCACCUCCUGAAUCUGGGGGUAGAGAUCGAUGAAAUCAACGUCUAUGGAAACACGGCCCUCCACCUGGCCUGCUACAACGGGCAGGAUGCUGUCGUGAACGAGCUGACGGACUACGGUGCUAAUGUGAACCAGCCCAACAACAGCGGCUUCACCCCUUUGCAUUUUGCUGCUGCCUCCACACACGGUGCUUUGUGUCUUGAGCUGCUAGUAAACAACGGGGCGGAUGUUAACAUCCAGAGUAAAGAUGGCAAAAGCCCACUGCACAUGACGGCAGUCCACGGAAGGUUCACGCGGUCGCAAACCCUCAUUCAGAACGGAGGUGAAAUUGACUGUGUGGAUAAGGAUGGCAACACUCCCCUCCACGUGGCUGCAAGAUACGGUCAUGAGCUUUUGAUUAACACCCUAAUAACCAGCGGAGCUGACACAGCCAAGUGUGGAAUCCAUAGCAUGUUCCCCUUACACUUAGCUGCCCUAAAUGCUCACUCUGACUGCUGCAGGAAGUUGUUAUCAUCGGGCUUUGAAAUAGACACCCCAGAUAAAUUUGGAAGAACGUGCCUUCAUGCUGCUGCUGCAGGAGGUAACGUGGAAUGUAUAAAACUCUUGCAGAGCAGUGGAGCGGAUUUCCAUAAAAAGGACAAGUGUGGGAGGACCCCUUUGCACUAUGCAGCUGCAAAUUGUCAUUUCCAAUGUAUCGAGACAUUAGUGACCACCGGGGCCAACGUUAAUGAAACAGAUGACUGGGGACGGACAGCCUUGCACUAUGCUGCUGCUUCAGACAUGGAUAGAAAAAGUAAGACGUCCUUAGGAAAUGCCCAUGAAAAUUCCGAAGAACUUGAAAGAGCCAGAGAACAAAAGGAAAAGGAAGCUGCACUAUGUCUAGAGUUUCUGCUUCAAAAUAAUGCAAAUCCAUCUAUCCGGGACAAGGAAGGCUACAACAGCAUACAUUACGCGGCUGCCUAUGGCCACCGACAAUGUCUGGAAUUGCUUUUGGAGAGAACCAACAGCGGUUUGGACGAAUCGGAUUCCGGUGCUACGAAGAGUCCGCUCCACUUAGCCGCCUACAACGGGCACCAUCAAGCCUUGGAAGUCCUUCUGCAGUCGCUGGUGGACCUGGAUAUCAGGGAUGAGAAAGGCCGCACUGCUCUGGAUCUGGCAGCCUUUAAGGGACACACAGAAUGUGUGGAAGCACUUAUCAACCAGGGCGCGUCCAUCUUUGUGAAAGACAAUGUAACCAAAAGAACCCCACUUCAUGCCUCAGUAAUUAAUGGUCACACACUGUGUUUGCGGCUGUUGUUAGAAAUUGCAGACAACCCAGAAGCAGUUGACGUGAAAGAUGCCAAAGGACAAACCCCACUGAUGCUUGCAGUGGCAUAUGGACAUAUUGAUGCUGUUUCGUUGUUACUUGAAAAGGAAGCAAAUGUGGAUGCUGUUGACGUCAUGGGGUGCACAGCCUUGCACAGAGGGAUUAUGACAGGACAUGAGGAAUGUGUGCAAAUGCUGCUGGAACAAGAAGUGUCGAUUCUCUGCAAAGACUCCAGAGGAAGGACGCCCUUGCACUACGCAGCUGCCCGUGGCCAUGCCACGUGGCUGAGCGAGCUACUGCAGAUGGCGCUUUCGGAGGAAGACUGUUCCUUCAAAGAUAACCAAGGCUACACACCGCUGCACUGGGCUUGUUAUAACGGUAAUGAAAACUGUAUAGAGGUACUUUUGGAGCAAAAAUGUUUUCGCACCUUUAGCGGCAAUCCCUUCACUCCACUGCACUGUGCAAUAAUAAAUGAUCAUGAGAACUGUGCGUCGUUGCUACUUGGGGCCAUAGACUCCAGUAUCGUCAACUGCAGAGACGACAGAGGCAGGACACCGCUUCACGCCGCGGCGUUCGCUGAUCACGUGGAGUGCCUGCAGCUGCUCCUGAGACACAGCGCGCAGGUGAACGCGGCGGACGACUCGGGGAGGACAGCGCUGAUGAUGGCUGCUGAGAACGGGCAGGCAGGCGCCGUGGACAUUCUGGUGAACGUUGCCCAGGCAGAUCUGUCUCUAAAGGAUAAGGACUUGAACACACCCGUACAUUUGGCUUGUAGUAAAGGUCAUGAAAAAUGUGCCUUGUUAAUACUUGACAAGAUACAAGACGAGCGCCUUAUUAACGCAAAAAAUAGUGCACUGCAGACACCCCUCCAUGUUGCUGCGCGCAAUGGCUUGAAGGUCGUGGUUAAAGAGCUGCUGGCCAAAGGGGCUUGUGUCCUCGCUGUCGACGAGAACGCUUCUAGGUCAAAUGGACCGCGCUCCACGCCUGGGAUAGUGGUACAAAAAGAAGAAUGAGACUCUAAAAAUCACGCACAUACACAUGUGCACAUAUAUGUAUAUGUAUGUCUGUUUCUCAUCGACCAGCUGUCCACGAGGACCAAAAUGCUUCAGUCUAAAAUGAAAGAUUUAAAUUGUUUUUCUUCAAAGUGAAAGCAAGAACUGAAGUAGCUUUUCUAUAUAGUUAAAACGUAAUCUCUUUUUUUGCAUAAUAGUCCGAUGUAUUUUAUAUUUCUUAUGACAGAUUUCUAGUUGAUGGCUUAACAUUUGUAACUGCUAAUGUGUUGACCACGGCUUUUUUUUUUUGGCCAGACUAGAGAAAAAUGUUCAUAUACUUUUGAUGUAAAUGUGUUUAUAUUUAUUUGAAAUGAAACAAAUGCCAAGAAAACAUCCUUUGUUCUCUCAUUUCAUUGCUCUGUGUCUCACUUGGAAUAACAAAAAAAAAAAAGCAGAAAAGCACACAGGGCCCUCCCCGGGCUAGCCAGCAGUGCUGGGGCCAAGCCCAGCACUCCCACCCUCAGCAUCUCUCACCCUGACUGCAGAGGGGCACCACAUCCAUUGCUCAUCCCCAGUGUGUGGCCAGCUUAGAGCUCAGAAGACAUUGGAGCCUUACAUCCUUCUGCCAGGUGAAAACUGAAGCGUGCAGUAGAUUGUAUACACAGAGGUGGCCAAAGAAAGGUACAGAAAUUAUCCUAAAUACACCGAAAUCCCGGAGGGUCCCAAGACCCUAAGGGGAAACUCUAUCAGUGUGUGGGCACAGGCGCCAAAAGAAGUAAAAAUCACCAGCUCAAGUGCUCUGUUCCACGCGUGGAAGAGACAGAAGACAACAUUGAAUUAGGGCAGCACUCUCUGACCAUUUUAUAAUCGGUUUCUCUUUCACCCUGGAGAUUUGUGCUUCAUGGUGUAUGUGAGAUAUUUUUAAAACAGUGUUCUAUCAUAUCUGGAUCAAAUACAGAUACUGUAUUAUAUUUUUCAUCUAACUGUAAAAAAACUUUAAUCUUACUCUUUUAAUAUCCUGGAUUUAAUUAAAAACUCACACUGGGUUCUUCACAAAUGCAGACUGGUUCAGAGGACUUACACAAUUGGUAUUAAUUUUCCUGAAAAUUUUUUAGCACUACUAACAUUAUGUCUUCAAUUCCCCUCCUUCCUCUGUUCUUCCUCCUUGUUUAGAGAUGAAUUUUUUAAAGUAGAUAAACUGCUAAUGAGCAAUAAUGACCUUGUCAUUACCAAAACACUGAAAAUGAGAGCGACCCAACAUCCAAAAGCAUGAUGUACUGCGGUGUCUUUUUCUAGAAGUGAAUGGAACUCUUGCUCAGUAGGCGCUGAGAGCAGGAGAAGAAAUGGCUGCUUUCAUGGUGAAGCAGCAUUAACAUGUUCCCGUAGAGCCUCCCAGAGAACCAGGACCCUUGCGGCAGGCAGAGCGGUGCCCUGCAACAUUAUCUCCACAGAGCUGCGUUUUGACUCCUCCCCCCUUACUGAUAGAAAGAAGGAGGACAAAGGAGCAAAAUGCAAUCCUGCUUGCUGCCAACUGUUCAUUAAAGCAGUCUUGCCUCUUUCUCUUGCCCCCCAAGACUAAUUUUUUUCCUUUAGGAAAUGACUUUAAAAACUCUGAGUUCUGUGUUUGUCAAGUACAUCUCUUAGAAGUGAAAUUAGAUUUGCACAUAGCUUUCGAAGGAAAAAAAACCCCACAAAACAUGCUUUUUGUUGCAUCUUAGUUGUUUAGUGCUUUUACCUAAGUGUUACUUUUGGACUGUAUUUUAACCACAGCCACAGGGAUCAUGUUUCAUUGCACUUAACCUGUUUGCCAGUGUCUGCUUAUCCUUGGUAAAUACAUUACUAUCUCCAAAUUGCCUAAAAUCUGCUCUGAUUCUACAGUCAAUAGCUCAGGGGAUUUCUAUUUAUCACUACUAAAAGGGCACCAUAGUAUGUUUUGGUACUUUCGUCAGUAAACAGCUGCUUGAUUUAUUAUUUUAUUGUUAAAUCAGAACAAGAACGUCAAAUGGAUCUGCUGCACUAGUUGCUCUUUGUGCCGUUGAGCAACUCGGUUUGUUUUAUCUGUUGCGUUGGUUGAAGAACUCCUCCCCUUUUUUGUCUUGUAAUAUAAAGUUAGAGUGCCUUUUUACAUUUGUAUAUUCUGAAAGUGUUCUGUGAAAUGUUUUGUAUUUUUUUUCAUUUGAGUGUUACCAGAGCAAUAUAAUACCAGUGAGUUUUCAUUUCAGCCUUUCUUUGAAUGUAUAAAGUGUCUUUUUUCCUAUUUCCCCUUUUACCUGCUUUGAAAUGAAAAUGAAAAUGCUGAAGUUUUCUCUAGCAGUUAUGUUUGAUUUCACUGAAAUGCUUUCUUCUUACAAAACUGUAAACCAUAGGUCAGUGUUAUAGGGGAAAAGCGUUCUAAGAUAGUGACAAUCUGAGUGUGUGUACAAAGUAUAAUCCUACGUGUUUCUUAUGCAGUGAUCUACAAACUCAAUGCGAAUACCUUUCGUUUCGUAGUUUGUCUACAUACUUUAUGCUUUAGCAUGUGCAAUAUAUCUUUGCAAAGCACGAUGAUACAAACCCAGUGCCAGUGUUAUAUUUUGCAUAACAUAUUUGUAACAGCAUAAAAUAUUGUUUGAUGAGUUCAGUGGGAUUUUGUCUGUAAUGUUUUCUUAUGUAAAUUGGAGUUGAAUGACUCUCAUUAAUGCUAUGACUGUAAAAAUGAGGAAAAUGACUUUUAGUUCAGUGAAUGACUUUGAACCAGUCCGAAUCUCUUCAAGCACAGUUCAAUACUUUUUCAACUACUGAAUGCUAGCGAUGUAAUGAAGUGCUUAACUGUAAUAUACUAUGGAAAUGCAUUCAGAUGGUUAUUUUUACAAAUAAAAACGGUACAAAUAUUGUUGCAAUUUCUGUCCUUUAAUUUUUCUAAUUUACACUAACUUUACCAAUUAUUCU